CAGCAAACAGCGAAAAUUAAUAAUUUUAGUUUGGAGUUAAUUACAGUUAAUUGUUUCUACUGGUUGUCUACAUAUUGAAGAAAAAAGCUAGAAUCCAGCCAAACCUAUUCGUGCUGAUAAGUCAAACAAGUGCAGUCAGCUGACAGGGGAUCACACAAUGCAGGCCGAGAUUGAUCAACCGGAAAUACAAAUGGAUAAUGUUGACCUUGUCGUCAACGACGUGUUGAUGAUGCCAGGCAUUUUGGAUCAAGUGUUCUCCCACUUGGACUUGGAUACUUUAAAGUCCGUUCGACUCGUCUGCACCGUUUGGGACGACGUCGGGGCCAAGUUUCUCGGAAAAAAUGGUCGCCUCACCUUUUCAAGACUGCCCAUCCCUUGGUACACCCGCUGUAAAGAGUUGACCUCAUUCAACCACAAUCUCGCCAAGAAUGUAACAUUACACAUGAAGUGUUACUGCCUCCGUGAUUGCGUAUGCUCUCGAACCGAAGUUCAAUUCAAUCGAAUUCUGCCCUCCAACUUUGCCAUACUUUUGCCUCAAAUUUUCGACAAGUUGAGCACACUCAAGGUCAACGUGGAAAAUAGGUUUAAUCCUCACCUGCAUGAAAUGUGGAGUAAUUAUCAAUUCCCAAACCUCACCCGGAUUUCGAUCAGUGUCACUCUCGCCAACGAAUUGGAUCUCGAGGAGCACGUCGACGUUAUGCUGCAAAUGAAAUUUCAACCCCUCAAACAUCUGAAAGUCUUGUCGUUGAAGAUUUUCCCAAACUUUGACGACCACUUUUCUGGGGUUGUGUGCUCGCCCCUUUGUCAGAAGCUGCUCAACGUUGCCCCCAACCUGGAAAAAUUCGACAUUACAAUGAAUUUCUUCCCGGGCCUGACCCCAUGUCGAAAACUGAAGGAGUUAAGGUUGGACUAUUGUGAAUGUCAUGAUUUGCCUAAUGUGCACGUGGAUAUUCCCGAAAUGGCGAGAAUGCUAGAAAAUUGUAGAGAUUCUUUGGAAAAGUUGACGUUGGAUUAUCUUUGUGGGAAUUUACCCAGUCUACUGCUGAAUUUGAACUUCCCCAAUCUCACCCAUCCCUGCAUCGAUGCUGCCUACGUUUACAAAAUUGAGGCCUCACUGAACACCACCGACCUUCCGAAACUGACCCAUUUGUCCAUCAAAUCUCUGUGCGACAUUUCUAUAACGAUUGGAGCUUUCCACCUGCGCCAUCCAGGGAUAACGUCGCUGUCAGUGAAUUGCGGCCAUUGUGCACAAAUUGGCAGUCAAGAAGAUGGUCACCCUGCUGGCACCUGUCCAUCUUUUCCCCGGUGUGAAGGAGUUUAAGCUGAAGUUGGUGAUUCACGUGCACAAUUUCACAGUAGAGUUUCUGCCUUUGAAGGAAAUGAUGCGAUCCUUUGGAGACUGGGAGUUGACGAACGGGCAGGUGGUCAUUGAGGGUGCACAGCUUUCGCAUGAGGGGUUGGAUGAAAGGGCGAUAACUGCCGUGCUUGGAGGAAUGACAGGAUGGAAAGGUUUGAAGAACACGUCGCUUCGAUUUAUUUGGUGCAAUGUUCAGGAAAAGCUUAAAACUUCGGACGCUAUGAGAGCUGGUGCCAUGGCAUGCGGUGCGAUUCGAGAUGUGGUGAUGGAUGCAUUCCGGCUCGACGACGAGGUUUUGCGAAACUUUCUGGGAUUUGCUGAAGACAAUAACUUGCCAGUCAGUGUCACUAAUUUUUAAUGGUUUUUGAGGGAUUUUGACCUACACCUACAUACAUGAAUAUUUGAUGUUUCGAUAGUUUACAUGAAAUUCGUUAAUAUUAAUUAAUUACUUUUCGUUCUUACUUGGCAAUCUUUCGUAGUUUUUCUAUAACCAAAAUGUAUCGUUUAAGAUGGAUUUCAAUUUUGAUUUUUGUUAAGUUUGUAAUUAUGUAAAUCUAAUUUAUGAAUUAAUUCGCCGUGCUCAAAAGUUUCGAGUUAAAAUGAGUUGAGCAUUUUCUCUAUUUCAAGUUUUAAAUUACCAAUGCAAAAAUUAGAUCAAAGUUUCCAAAUUAAAUUUGACUCUAUUUGAAGUUUCCUUUUUGAUGAAAUCAUUACGCGUUUAAAAAUUAGUGGUUAUUCUCAAAUUCAAAAUGUUAAAUUUCACAGUAAUUAGACACAAUUAUAAUAAACAAUCAAAAAGGGCGUUACGUUGUUAUUUUUUAAUUUUGCAUAUAUACAUACAUAUGUAGAUGCGAAUAUAUUUACAUAAAUUUAUUGUUUCCUCCAAGAAUAUGAAUAUGGGUCAUAUGAGUGGCCCU